AUGCCUCCUGUGUCGACCAUCCUUCCCAAUCCGUCAAUCAACUCCACCACCUCUGUAGACUUCUCACCAAAGGAGUCGUCGAAUCUCUACAUCCUGACAAGCUUGUCCAGAACCUCUGCGGUCUCGAUGCCGGAAGUAGCCGCCUGCUCUUGGAUGAAAGACAUGGGCGAGUCUGCAAAGGGAUCGGACGUUCUGAGGAGUGAGGCGGGUUCUACACCUCGAGUCGCCGCGGCAGCUCAAAUCUGGGGAACUGGAACGGCGAACAGCCCGUGUGGGAGCCCAGAUGGAGAGGGAGCGUCCGCCUUCCCGACGACACUCCCGCUGUUGUCGACCGCGAGGAAACUGGUGUGGCGGCUAGUCGUUCGCCGUCGGGUUUUUGUGGAUGUCAGAACGUCCGAGCUCACGUUCGGAGAUGACGGCCUUGGCCGCGAGAGUGUGCAGACGAGCGAAUGA